CCACCACCACCACCACCAACAACAACCAUCCUCUUCUGCUCGCGGUCCCAUACAUAAUCACCAUGGCAUCCCUCCUCAAGAAACCAUUGAAGCUUGCCCUCGUACAGCUGGCCUCGGGCGCCGAUAAGGCCGCGAACCUCGCCCACGCUCGCAGCAAGGUCCUGGAGGCCGCCAAAGCGGGCGCCUCUCUCAUCGUCCUUCCGGAAUGCUUCAACUCUCCCUACGGCACGCAGUUCUUCCCCAAGUACGCCGAGACCCUCCUUCCAUCGCCGCCCACCAAAGAACAAUCCCCGUCCUACCAUGCCCUCUCCGCCAUCGCCGCCGAGGCCAAAGCCUACCUCGUCGGGGGCAGCAUCCCGGAGCUGGAGCCCACCACCAACAAAUACUACAACACCUCCCUGGUCUUCUCCCCCUCCGGAGCCCUCAUCGGCACCCACCGCAAGACCCACCUCUUCGACAUCGACAUCCCCGGCAAGAUCACCUUCAAGGAGAGCGAGGUCCUCAGCCCCGGCCACCAGCUGACCGUGGUCGACCUCCCGGACUACGGCAAGAUCGGGCUCGCCAUCUGCUACGACAUCCGCUUCCCGGAGGCCGCCAUGAUCGCGGCCCGGAAGGGCGCCUUCCUGCUCGUGUACCCCGGCGCGUUCAACACGACCACCGGCCCGCUGCACUGGUCGCUGCUGGCCCGGGGCCGUGCCGUCGACAACCAGGUGUACACGGCCCUGUGCAGCCCGGCCAGGGAUCUGGAGGCUUCGUACCAUGCCUGGGGCCACAGUCUGAUCGUGGACCCCAGCGCAAAGGUGCUGGCCGAGACGGAGGAGAAGGAGGAUAUCAUCUAUGCGGAUCUGGAUGACGAGACCAUCCAGAGCACGCGAAAGGGCAUCCCCAUCUACACCCAGCGGCGGUUCGACCUGUAUCCGGAUGUGAGUGCCGGGAGUCAGUAGAGUAGAAACUACCCCCAUAUUGAAUGUUCUGGCGAUAGCGGCUCUUGAUUCUUUUACACAGGCAAAAUAGACGAGUGAUGAAUUCUCAAGCUGGGGUUGCUAUGUUU